AUGGCCGACGUGCAUACCAAUGGGGCCAGUGGCACCGCUCCUGGCAGCGGAACCAGUGUGCCUGACAAGGCCGCUCCCGAUUUCAUCAACUUCGUGCCAGAUAUCUCGGUCGCGCUAUCUCCCUGCGAUCUGGAGAGUGCGCCGAGGCACAUUCAACAAAUCCAGAAGUUAGGUGCUUCACUGUCGCCGGGCGAUGACACAACGAGGCUUCAGCUUCUUGCUUCAGCAAGAGAUUUGGUGCGGGCACUGGAGACACCGCGAGAAACAAUGAUCAAGCACUGCUGGUCUCAGCCGACCGCCACGUCUGCGCUCACACUGGGAAUUGAGACUGGCUUGUUUAAGGCCAUGGCUCAGAACGAUGGUAGCACUAAAACGGCUGCGUACCUUUCCAAGCAAGUUGGAGUUGAUUAUCCUGCUUUGGCGCGUAUUCUUCGACAUCUCGGGGCCAUGGGAUAUGUUGUCGAGACGGGCGUAGACGAAUACAAGCCAACCAACUUUACGACUUCGCUGUGCAUAUCGACUAUUAGCGACGGGUACCCAUGCAUUUUCGGUUGUCUGGCGCAAUCGAUUUUCAAAUUCUCCGAAUACAUGCAGAAAACCGGAUACAAGACCCCGAACGACGUCAGCAACGGCCCUUUGCAGUAUGCGUACCAAACUAAGAACAACAUGUUCGAGCACCUCCACGCCAACCCCCCGUACGGCCUAAACUUCAACAACCAUAUGGGAGGAUACCGCCAGGGCCGGCCCAGCUGGAUGGACGAUGGCUUCUUUCCCGUAGAAGAGCGCCUGAUCAAGGGCGCCGAUACCACAGCGGACUCCGCGAUGCUCGUCGACGUCGGCGGUGGGCUUGGUCAUGAUAUCGGAGAGUUCUGGCGCAAGCAUCCCAAUGCACCGGGCCGCCUUGUCCUCCAGGAUCUGCCAGUUGUGAUUGGACAGAUCCAACAGCUGGAUGAGAAGAUCGAGCGCGUGGAGCACGACUUUUACAAGGAGCAACCCGUCAAAGGAAGCCGUGCCUACUAUAUGCACUCCGUUCUGCACGACUGGCCCGAUGAGGUGUGCCUCAAGAUCCUUGCACCUAUCAAGGAGGCCAUGAAGCCAGGCUACAGCAAGUUGCUUAUCAACGAGAACGUCAUUCCCGCGACCAAAGCCGAUUGGCAGGCCACCGGUCUGGACCUCAUGAUGAUGACUCUGCUUUCCUCGCGCGAGAGAACAGAGCAGGACUGGAAGGACAUGCUCUCGGCAGCGGGUCUUAAGAUCUCCAAUAUCUGGAGCGUCGCUAACGGUGUGGAAAGCCUCAUUGAACACGUAUUGUUCCCCGCCUGCUUGCUUGUGGCUGUUCAAUCUCUCGUCGUUCCAGCAGAUUUUGAUCUGGACGUGUUUGGAAUCGUGUUAUCCAUGAUGCUGGUUGCUACUAUCUUUCUAGCAUGCACUGUCCUGGGGUCCGAAGUCCCUACGGGAACUGUCUGGCUUGAUGAUGCAACACUGGGCGACUAUCUCACCCGCAGAGAUUCCGAACUCGCCUAUCGCUUUGCCCCAGUCUGGAGCUUCGGACUGCACAAAGACCAUCCAAUGUGUUAUCCAACGUGGGCAUUUGGGGGUAACCCAACCCGGCACAACGGGGACACCUACGAAAUAGCGCACCAGACCCCCAGCCAACCUCUCUGCAAGCAUCCGGACGUUGGCUGCGGCUGUCGUGACCCCGGGGUCACUGUAGGGAAGGGGCCCCAGUUUCCUGUGUACUAUAAGUAUCUCAAUCUCAGCCGCGAAGAGGUCCGAGUUGGCUAUUUUCUUUUCUGGGAGAAGGACGGCUCGGAUGGCCGGCCGAUACCGCGCGGGCAUGCGUAUGACUGGGAGAACGUGGUUGUGUCAAUCACGCGGCAUUCCCAAAGCGACAACUGGACCGCAACCGCUCUAUGGUUUGGUGGCCAUGGUCAGUGGUUCCGUCGGCCAUGGAACGACAUCUUUACCAUCUCAGAUGAAGAGAUCGCCAAGGCCAAUGCAAACACUGUCCUACCCGAGAGGAAAACUGGCCAGCAGCAUCCUUUCGUCUACGUAGGAUGGGCAAAGCACUCGAAUUUCGACCACCCGCGCCGGCCUUCAAUGAUGAACGACGAUUCCCUUAGCCAGCUAUUCUGUAAAGCCAUACGCUACCAGAGUGUCUGGGGUUUUGUUCAUAAAGAAAACUUUAUCCAUGCACACAUUUCUACCACAGCAGGCCAAGCAAUCAGCAGCGUGGACUGGGGGAGAGCCACAGGUACGCCGACGAAGAUAAACUUAUCUGACCUCGGCGAGGAAACCAGAUGUAGUUUGAUUACGGAAUUGCGGCCUAACAACCCUAUUCACGCACACGUGGAGAAGUCCUACAUCGUCCAGCUCUCAUACCGCUACCCUCGCCUCGGUUUUAUCCGGAAGAUAGUGAACAUGUCAUACCCCCUUCUUCUGUUUGUUACUAUAAUGAUGGAUGACGAGAUCCUCAGAUUCGUAUUCCUGAGCACCCUGGUUGUUCUCCCAUUUGUGGAGAAUUCAGUUUUCGACCGGCUUACGAGUCGCUAUGCCAUCCUCCGUAUCAUCCGCAUCGGGAUGGUUAUUGGCUUCUAUGGCAUGUUGGCAUCAGCCGCUGUCAUAAUGGAUGACAAUGUUCUCAAAUUUGCGUCACACGACUUUCGGGUUUUGGCCUAG